CGUCUGUGGGGAGCUCAGCUCCCGCGCGCACAGACAGACAUGCCCUGGCAGUGCCCGGGUCUGGGGACUGCAGCUUUGUUCAGCCCGUUUUGCUGUUGGCUCGUGGGAGACCAGGGCCUGCAGGUGAGGACAUAGCUCAGAGGUGAGAGUGCUGAACCAGGUUCCCACUGGCAAAACUCUAAGGAGACACACUCUUCAUGGGGUAGAGGAUGCUCGAGUGCAUCUUUGAAUCCUUUCCAGUUUUCCAGCCUCAUGUUCUGAACGAGAAGACGCAGCAUCCUGUGAUGUCCUUGUUUGUGCCGUCUCCAGUGACUCGAUCUGGUGACGCGGCAGGUUCUGCUGGGGACGCACUCAGCCCUGGUCUGUCCUCUGGGCUCUGUGGGUGACCCUCCCAUCUGUUGUCAUGGCCCACAGCAGACCACAGCCCUCCAUUCCUCCCAGUGGGAAUCACAGCCCUUUCCUGGUCUGAUCUGGAGCCAGGGAUACUCAGAUGGGAACAAAUACCUUUAAAUAGAGCUGACCUGCAGGACCUGCCUUUCCUUGCCGCUCCAGCUGUGGCUGUUGGCAGUGUUAUGGUUCUCUCUUUUUUUGCUUUCAGGUGCCCUCUGGGGCUCUUUUUCUAUCUGUAUAAAUCACAGCAUUGAACUUGUGCUACACAAGCAGCUUGUGGGACAUGGUCUUGUUUACAGGGAGGGAGGACACAUGAACAGCAGGCUUCGUUCAUGCACUCCCGUGUCUGAUUUCCAGACAAAAUUUAGCUUUACAUGCAGGUCUGUGCACCUGUGCAGGAUCCCGCCACGCUCUUGGUGCUGUGAAAUCUCAAAGCAGUGAUGGUGCAGACCAUGGGUCAGUCAGGGCAGCUUUCUGGAGGGUGGUGUUGCUGCCAGCUUUGCAGCCGAUGGCACUGCGCUGCUGGGAGAGUCAGCUCUGCCUUCUGCUUUGGGUUUGCCUCCCCACUCUAGAGCAAGGAGUAAUGCCAGGCAGAUGAGAUGGCCAGAUUGAAUUGCAUAGUGUGUUUAUUCCAAGCUGCCCCAUUUUUCUGUCACAGUUGAUAUAUAAAUACCGUGUCUGGGCUGCUUCCUACGCAGUUCUGGGUGGUGUGCCAGGCAUUCGUGAUAUGCACAUCCACAGGGCAGCCCCAGAGCUUAGAGGAGCCUGAUUUUAUCGUCACAGUCUUGGUUGAAGAAUUGCAUUCAUGUAGGAUUUGUUUGGACUUUCUGGACCCUACAGAAACAUGGGACUUCCCUGCCAAGAAUCUACUCCAUGCCCAGGCUGAGCAGGAGCUCAUCAUGACAGGCAGCCCUGCUGAUAGUGCUGGAGCUGAAGGAAGGAACCUUCCCAACAUCUGAGCAGCUGUGAAGGCACCUCAGGUCUGCGAGCAGCUGCCCUCGUGAAGAGCUGGUGUGAAUGCUGUUCCCCUCUCUGCUGGCAGGGUCUCUGCAGUGCCCUGAGCCAGGCUGCAGGCACUUCUCUUUUCAAGUGAUUUUGAGCUGCAGGGACUCGUUAAAUUGCCAUGAUGGUCUCUUAAACUCUUUUUUGCUCAGGACAGGCCUCCAUGCACUUCCCAUUUCGAUGGCUGCAAGGUGGAAGGAGCCCGCUGGGGGCCCUUUGUGUCUUUAGGUGGAUCUGGCAGCCCAGGUACGUGGUCAGCAUCGCUAAUCCCCUGUGUGGGGAACAGGUACCGCGAGCAAGGGGCUACGUCUGCCAUUGCAAGGGGCCCUUCAGAGCAGAGACAGUCAGGUGCCUCGCGAGCUCGUCCUCCCUCCCUGCUGUAGGACACUGCAGAGGGUGAGGUGUGCAGGGAGCACGUUUCUCACCAACAGUCAAGCAGGGAGGAGUCCUGGCCAGCGAGCCAAGGCUGCCAAAGGCAGCGGGUGCCACGGAGCGGUAUCUGUGCAGGCAGGGAGCACCUUUGCCUGCACAGCACCCCUCCACCACGGGCAGCACCGGCCCAGGAGGCACCGUGCCAUGCGUGUGUUGCUGCUGGCAGGGGCUCAGCCGCGUGCACGGGCUGUGCCGCUCCUCUCCUGGGGCAGGUUCACCCGAGAAGCGGCUCCCCGUGGCCCUGGGCAGUGGGCUGCCGCGGGCAGGUGUUGGAGAGGCUGCCCAUGGUGGUGUGCAGGGGCAUUGCCUCUUCUGAGACAUCUUCUUUUGCCUCUUUCCUGUGCCCUGCCUUGGUCCAUCCCUGGCUCACCCAGACAGGCCACCGUCCCCCGUCAACGUGACUGUGACACAGCUGAAGGCAAACUCUGCCACAGUCUCCUGGGACGUCCCAGAAGGAGACGUGGUCAUCGGCUAUGCCAUCCUGCAGCAGCGGCAGGACGGGCAGAUGCAGCGGUUCAUCCGGGAGGUGAACACCACCAACCGUGCCUGCGUGCUCUGGGACCUGGCGGAGGACGCCGACUACAUCAUCCAGGUGCAGAGCAUCGGCCUGUACGGAGAAAGCCAGGCCAGUAAGCGUGUCCACUUCCGCACCCUGAAGGAGACGGACCGCCUCCCUUCCAACAGCUCCAACCAAGGUGACAUCACCAUGGAGGGGCUGGACAAAGACAGGCAGUUGCAGACAGGCGAGAUUAUCAUCAUCGUGGCUGUGCUGCUCAUGUGGGCAGCGGUCAUCGCCCUCUUCUGCAGACAGUAUGACAUCAUCAAGGACAACGACUCCAACAACAACAAGGAAAAGACGAAGCCGUCCUCGGAGCACAGCACGCCAGAGCGACCGAGCGGAGGGCUGCUGCGGAGCAAGAAGAAGUCUCCCUCAGUCAAUAUAAUCGAGGUGUAAGUGCAGCACCAGCUCUGCGUCUGAGGCCCCGGGCGUCCUGCAGAGCCGAAGCAGGCCUUGGAAGAGGAGGCAGCACCAGGCGCCCUGGACCUCUGCAUGCGAAGAUCCGCGAUCAGAACUUCACGCUUUCCCGAGGGCGCCUGUCCGGGGCCGUGCACGGGCCGGCGCCCAGCCGCGCAUGCAGCG